UACCUUCCACUCUUCCAUAGGUCCAUUGUCCUCUUUUCCUCCUCCCACUUCCUUUUCAGGAUAUAUUCCCCUAAAGGCCAAAACCAAAGACAAAUCUUUCGCUUCAAGCUCUCGAGUUUACGGGGGGGAAAAAAAAAAUAAAGAAGUGAAAGAAGAACAGCUUGACCAAGAGAGUUUUCUGAGUGUCUUGGAACUUCAAAGAGCCAGACGCUUCAUAGUCUUGAUUCUAAAGGCAACAAACAUGUCUGCUUCACACAAUUCCUUUGUCAGCAGCAAAGCCUCUGGUAGGGGUAAAGCACUGGAGAAAUCAAAAUUUGCCCACACUUGCAACCUCUUGAGUCAGUAUGUUAAAGAAAGAGGUGGCUUAAGAGAUCUAAAUCUUGCUGGAAUCAGCUGUAAACCAGAAGCUAUAGCUAAACCAGAAGAACCUGAAACUUCCACCUCUACGCUGAACUUACUCAACAGCAUGGAAAUUCCGGAUCAGCCCUCGUCAGAACAGAGCAAGCCUGUUGAUCCCUUAUCUCGAUUUGCUCCCUUGGUCACUUCCAAUACUCCGGAGGAUGCCUCAAGAAAUGUUAGUCCUAGGGAGGAGAUGACAGGUGAACCCAAGAGAGCCCAGAUGACUAUAUUUUAUGCCGGGGAUGUAAUCGUGUUUGACGAUUUACCAGCUGAGAAAGCUGAGGAAAUAAUGCUUUUGGCUAGCAGUGGAGGAUCUGGUAAUGCUAAUGCUAGUGGAAGAUUCUCGACACCUAAUAACAGUGUGGAGAAACUCUGCUCUGCUGGUGCUGUGGCGUCCGGAUCUAAAGCACCGGCUGAUCCAGUUUGUACUGCUGCUCAAGAAUCGCCUAAGCAACCACAGCCUGAAGCUAAUACUUCUGAAUUGCCAAUUGCAAGGAGAUCAUCACUUCAUCGGUUCCUUGCCAAGAGAAAAGAUAGGGCUGGUGCAAGAGCACCAUAUCAAUUGCACAACAACAACAACAACAACGAUCGACCAGAAUCUUCUUCCAAGGAUGAUCAGGAACAGCUUGAACUCAAAUUAUAGCUACAACUUCAGAAACUUCUGAAGUCGUGUGUUUUAAUUGGCUUAUACAGGCUCUCUGACAUACACGUAUAUACGAGCUCAAUUUUUUCUGAUCUGUAGCUGUUAUCAGCCUUUUUGGGCGCUACGGAUUCAACUUACCCUACUGCAGUCGACUCCAGGCGCUACGGAUUUUUCAAGUUCUACACUUGUUUUUUUUUUCCCUCUGAAGCUCUUGAUUUUUGUAAAAUGGCAAUUUUUUUUCCUUGGGUUUCAGUAGCACUGGUAGAGGCCUGAGGGACGGGGUUCCAUUUUUGUGGGAGCUGUACUGGACGCUAUUGUUUGCUUUGUUUGAAGUAUUACUAGCAUAUUUGACAUCAUUGUUUAGG